GGGAAGUGUAUUCUGUGAGUCAUAUUUCGCGUUGCCAGCGAGGAUAUUUGCGAGUGCACUUUGUCACCAUGCAGACACGUCUUGUUCGUUGAUCUUUUGUCCCAUCAUACAAAACUCUUUUUUUGUUGUUGUUCUGCGGAGCUAUUUAAGGUUGGUUCAACUGUUCUGCUACCCACUUGCACACAAACUUACACACACAGACCGUUGCGUGUACUGCGAUGCAGGCGGGUGAGAGCGUCAUUGAGAGCAUGAGUGAUGGAGCUUUGCACAAGUCUGAAAGAGGACCACACAAAAACAUUCCCACGGUCAAGACCCACGACGUCGGCCCGGUCCUCUCGAAGGACGUCGGGGACACCUUGGUCGUUAACGAGAAUAACCUGAGAGCGCCAAGUCCGCGCGGACCGAACGGAGACGACGACUCCGAAGCUGAAUCCUACCGGGACGGGCGUUCGGAUGAGGUGGACCGGGACACGAAGAGUAGGGCGUAUGCUUGGUGCCGGGACUUUCUUGCCGGGUCGUGGAAGACCAUUUCCGAGGAAGACUUUCAAAUUAGUAGUAUCUGUGGAGGCCUCAGUAACCUCCUCUACAUGUGUAGUUUACCGGAACAUGUGGCUCCGGUGGGGGACGAGCCGGGAAAAGUCCUACUGCGUGUGUACGGGGCUAUUCUACAGGGGGUAGACUCUGUGGUACUGGAGAGUGUGAUGUUUGCUAUCCUGGCUGAGCGGGCACUGGGUCCAAAGCUUUACGGGAUUUUCCCAGAAGGACGACUGGAGCAAUACAUGCCUAGCAGGCGUUUGCGAACUGAGCAGUUGCGUGUUCCGGACAUAUCUGCUGAGAUUGCCAGAAAGCUAUCCCGUUUCCACGCCAUGGUCAUGCCCUUUAACAAGGAACCCACCUGGCUCUUCAGAACCAUCGACAGGUAUAUGGACCAGAUAAUGACUAUCAAGUUUGUGCGUGAAGCUCACAUCAAAAAGUUCAACAAGCUGAUGAAGUACAACCUGCCUGCUGAACUGGACAGUCUGAGGUCUUUGCUGGCUGCAACUCCAUCUCCGGUUGUAUUCUGCCACAAUGAUGUACAGGAAGGUAACAUUCUGAUGUUGGAUGAUCGCGAUCAGAGUUCCACUGAUAAACUGAUGCUCAUCGACUUCGAAUACAGCAGCUACAACUACAGGGGUUUUGACUUUGGGAAUCAUUUCUGCGAGUGGGUGUAUGACUAUACCUAUGACCAGUGGCCUUUUUUCAAAGCAAACCUGGACAACUACCCUACCAGAGAGCAACAGUUACAUUUUAUCCGACACUACCUGUCUGAGAACCAGGAUGUGGCACCUGAGGAGCGGAGUGCGAUCGAGGAGGCCAUGAUCGUCGAGGCAAACCGUUUUGCUCUGGCAUCUCAUUUCUUCUGGGGCCUGUGGUCCAUAAUACAGGCCAGAAUCUCCACUAUAGAGUUUGGUUACAUGGACUACGCCCAGCACAGAUUGGAUGCCUACUUCAAACAGAAGCAGCUCUUUGCCUGA